CAGUUUUGAAAACAUUCGGUUAGGCAGAGGGCGCCACGGUAGGCGCACCAGCAUCUUUUCCAGGUCUCGGAGCGCCAUGGGCACCUCGUCAGAGAUGCUGGUGCGGUUUGGGCGGCGCUGUGGACAGGUUAAGGAAAGCACGGAAAUGAAGAACUCUAAGGAAGAGCAAGUUCUUUAUCCACCUCUUCUACCUAGCAAAGUAGAUCUCCAUCAGGUCACCAUAAUUCCACACAACGAGUGGAAAAGGAUUAAAGAUAGCCUUGACAGUUUGACAAGAGAAGCAGCAUGCCUUCGUGCAGAAAGAAAGGCAAAGAAAGAAAUGCAUUUCCGAUCCCAGGAGGUAGUAAAACACUGGACUAAUACAUAUGCAGGGAUGAAAGAACAGAAACUUGAAGCCAAAAAGAAGCGUGAUGAAGAAGUAGAGGCAGAAAGACAAAUGCUUGAUAUGGAAGAAGCAAUACAUAAACAAGGAGAAAGAAAAAAAGCCAUUGAAAAUGCAAGGCAAUGUCAGUUUUAUCAGACAGAGAGAGUGAAAAACUUUCAUUCAGGACUUCUUCUUAGUAGAGUUAUGAAAGAACGUGAUGCCCAGAUUGAAUUCCAAAAGAGUAAAAUAAAAUCAGAUAAAAAAUGGGAGGAACAGCUGAAACUCAACACUGAAAAAGCUUUUAAAGAAGAACAAGAGAAAGCCGAAAAACGCCACAGGGAUAGAGUGGCUCUUGCCAAUGAUCAUCUAAAACAAAUAAAGGAACAUGAAGAAGAAAAAGAAAGAAAGAGAAAAGAGGAAGAAAAGGAUGCUGAGGAAAUUAAGCGACAGAAUUCAUUAUAUGAAAUAGAAAUGAGAAAAAAACUAGAAAAGAAAAAAGAAGAAAUACAUGAAAGCAGGAGACUGUUUUUUGAACAUAUGAAUGAUAAAAAUAUCAUCAAAGCUGUAGAACAGCAGCAGCAAGCGGAGGAAGAUGAAAAGAUUAGAAACUUUAUCAAAGCAAAGAAGCGUCUUACACAAAUGAAGAAUAAUAAAGAAGCUGAAACACACAGGCUAAUGGAAGAACGAAGGGAAAGAAUUAAUAACUUCCUGAGUGAACUAAUAAAAGAGAAACUUGACAAUGAAGAUUUGAUUAUUGCCAGAGAUAUUGCAGAAGCUGAGGCUGAAAGGGAAAAAAGAGAAAGUGAAAGAUAUGAAAAAAACAAAGCAGAAGUGAAGGCGAUUGCAGAAUAUAGAGCCAUUGUGAUGAAAAACAAAGAGGAAGAAGAAAGACAAAGAAAAAUAAAUGCUAAAGAACAAUUACUGGAUAUCUUGAAAGCAGAUAAGAUUUUUUUGGAGCAUGAAAAGGUGAAAAAACGCAAAGCUGAUGAAGAACGCAGAAAAGUUCACGAUGCCCAUAUUCAGCAAAUGGCCAAAAAUAAGUUUAAUGCAAAACAAUCAAAAGAAACAGAAAUAGAUUAUUGCAGACUUACUGAAGCUAUUGUGGCUGAAAAGGAGAAAGAAUUCCAGAAUUAUGCAAGAGAAGUAAUUGAAUCAGAGUCCCAAACAACAAAUAAAUAUGUUUAUCCUCUUGUAAAAGCUGCACAGGAAGGACCUGGAGGUGGCCAUGGACCAGUGUUUGUGGACAGAGGUGGAUUAAGACCCAGCUAUCAGGCAAAUGAUGUCAUUGGGGUCCAGCUCCCUUUUUAUAACUCUCGGGGAUCAAAAUAUAAUAAUUUUCAAAAGUCUAAGGGAAGGCUAGGGUUUACAUGGUAGAAAAUUUUAUUUUUAAGAUUGAGAAGACGAAUUUGUAGCAAAUAAUAUGAGCUACAAAGGUAAAUGAAUUAUAUACCUAUAAUUUGUUAAUAAAGCUGCUCUUCAUCUAAGUACAAUUAUGUCUGAUUUAAUUCAGUCUUCACAGUAUUUCCACUGGAUAUAUAAAACCCUUAAUUGACUCACCUUUUCUUUUUCUUGUGAUAAAUGCACAUAAGUUACCAUUUUAACUAUUUAAACAUGUACAAUUCAGUGCAUUAAGUACAUUCAUAAUAUUGUGCAACCAUCACCAUCUAGUUCCAGAAAUUUUUCUUCUCAAAAGGAAACCCCAUAACCAUUAAGAUGUCACUCCCCAUUUCCUGCUGUCCCCAGCCCAUGGCAACUAUUAAUCUUUCGGUCUCUAUGAAUUUUCCUAUUUUGGAUAUUUCAUGUAAAUGGAACCAUAUGGCAUGUGUUUCAAGGUUCGUGUAUAUUGUAAAAUGUUUUAGCACUUUAUUCUUUUUUGUGGCUGCAUAUUUCCUUGUAUGGAUAAGCCACAUUUUGCUUGUCAUCUGUUGAUGGGCAUUGGGGUUGUUUCUACCUUUCGGCUGUUGUGAAUGAGCUGCUAUGAACAUUUUUGUACACGUUUUUAUGUGAACAUGUUUUCAGUUUUGGGUAUGUAUCUAGGAGUGGAAUUGCUGGGUCAUCAUAUGCUGUUUACCGUUUUGAGGAACCAAGAAACUGUUUUCCAAAGUGGCUGAACUGUUUUACAUUCCCACCAGCAAUGUAUGAAGGUUGCAAAAUAUCUCUACAUGCUAGCCAACACUUCUUUUUAUGGUUAUCCUUGUGGGUGUGAACUGGUACGUUAUUAUGGUUUUGAUCUGCAUUUCCCUGGUGAGUCAUGAUGUCUAACAUCUUGUGCCUAUUGACCAUAUAUAUAUGUAUCUUCUUUGGAGAAAUGUCUAUUCAGAUCUUAUGCCCAUUUUUAAAUUAGGUUCCUUUUGUCGAGACUUCUUUAUAUAUUCUGGAUACUAGACUCAUCAUAUAUCUGUAUACUAUAUCUAUAUAUAUAUAUAUAUACAGUAAAAUCUGCAAAAGGUGGAACCUGUGCAAGGUAGAAACCUCUGAGAAGGACAAUGCAAGUAUUUUCCACUAAAAUGAGCGAUAGAAAAGUGGUUAAGACUGCACCCUGUCAGAGGUGAAAAACUUGUGAGACCUGAAAACAAGGC